UCGAGGGGAAAAAAGUCGAUGGCGCAUCAAUCAGCGCAGUUUCUUCCACAGGUGGGCAGGGAGGCCAACUUCACUAGCUGCAGCUUUGCAGCCUUGCCUGCGGAGCAGCGGGCAAAGACAAGUCCGCAGCGUCCUGGCUGGCGAGGGAGGAAGCUCGGGAUGCCAGCAACAGGGGGAGGCGACUCUGGGAGCUCCCUAGAAGCACCCGCCGACUCCCGCAGGCACAGAGCGAGGCAUCGCCGCUCCCUGCCUGGCGGGGAGUGGGGCCCGCGGCUGCGAGCGCAGGAGGGGAGGUUCCGCUGGGUGCCGGAGCCCGGCUACGCGGGGCGGGGGCUGCGUGCCCUUGUCCUUUCGGCCCCAGUGCGCGGCUCAGGCGUCCCGCAGUCCAGAGCCCGAGUUGCUGGCGCGCUCUGGGGUGCACACGGCGAGGAUGCAAGAGAGGCGAGGGCGGCGAUGGGCGGGAGAGGGGUGGUCCUGCUCUGGCCCCCCGGGGGGCUUUAGACCUGCGGGUAGCCCGGUGCACUCAGGGCAGAGAGUUGCUAGGAAACCUCCCCACGCUACCGGAGCGCCUCGGCUCGGCUGCCCGCAGGCGCGGCUGCAGCCCGGGCAGGAGCUGCAGUAACAGCUCGGAGCAGCGUGGGCGGGACAUUGGUGAGGCAUGAAGUCACCACGGCCCACACUCGCUCUUUGUUUUGCUCACUCCAGCUCUUUUUUUUCCCCCUUGGCUCUGAUAGUUGCCAUUCCCAUCGUUCACAAGAACUCCUGAAGCGUAGCCGCGCAACAGGAAUGGCACGCCUCGUUCCCUUCUCCCUCCUCCCCCGAAUCCUUGCACCCCAACGCUCGCGGGGGUAGUGGGAGACUCGCUCAGCGCCAGCAGCAGCUGCGAGCAAACCCCAAUCUCUCACCCCCGCGCUGCUCGCCGCUUUGUUCGGAGAUACUCACUGCCCCGCAGCUGCUGCAUACAAAGUGGAGUCAAGGGACCGCCCCUGCCCCCAACGCCCUCUACUCAGCACUUUGCUUGCAGUUAGGAGCUCGUCCUCUGCCCCACCACAAGGCUGCCCCGGUCUCCCUAGCCUUUGGAGAGUUGGACCAGUCUGCAGGGGCUGUUCCCGGAGCGACUGGCCGAGAUUUCUUGCUGCUCCUUCCCUACUCAAAACCUUAACCCUGGGCUGGACAGCCCUGUGUUUCCCCAGCGUCUGGUGGUGGCUCUGGGCUUUUGCAAGUUACAGUGGGUCUUUUGAUCUUAAGCGUCACCUUCCCAGUAAACGGAACAAAGAAGUUACAGACAGCAGCUAAGUGGGGAGAGGGGAGCUAAGGAGAGAAGGUGGGAGGCGUUUCUGCCUGCUUGCAGCUCAGAAAUUUAGGUGCAAGUAGGAUGCGGGUGUUAUGCUGGGCAACUGUCCGGGAAGCAGCGCGCCUCCUCGAGUCCUGUCAUUACCACGCCAAGUCGAGGGAGGGAACUCAGUCCCCCGCAUUGGAAACGAGGCAGUGUUUCCAGUUCAACACUGUGAUGGUUCUCUUUUCCCUCUAGGGGCAGGAGUGAUUCCCAGUCCAGAAGUUUGACCUCUUAUUUUAAUACAACACCCGCCUCUUACAGGCAACAGACUAGUCCAGCCAGGUCAAGGUGUGGACUGCACAGCGAGGUGCACAGAAUUAGUUAAGCAAACCAGGAACCCAGCUAGAAAAAUUAAACGCGCCCUGGAUCUACAAAGCAGGUCCCUUCGAGAGACCAAAGCCGUGAUCCCAACCUUAGCAACAUAAUUCUACUACAGGUGAUGUACUCUAAAUAAAUAGAAAUAAAUCCAGCUCCGCUUUAAUUUUUAUUUUCUUAGUUCCAAGUUUGAACAGUUAUAGUUUUGUUUUUUGGUUGUCCUAAAGGAAAGACCUACACAUUAGUUAGGAAGGGUGUGAGGACUUGAAAAUUUGAACACAAAAGUAUCAUAGUCAAUAUCUGAUUAGUGACUCUUCCAUUGGGCAGCCUGUGUGUUUUCCAGGGGUUAUGACACAGACCUACUGAAUGCAGCCACCCUUGAGAUGUGCAGUGCUCCAGUUAAAAAAAAAAAUUAAAUCCCUCAUUCCUGUAAGGACUGACGUAAAGUGUACGUCAGUACACUUUAAAGUGUCUAUCACAUGACCAUUCCAUGAUAUUCUAAAAUACAACUCGUGAUGCUGGGUUGUAAGUGGCAGUUACAGUAACAAAUAACAUAUAAAUGUAUGCAAACAAGAAAGGAUGUAACUUUAUGAAAUUGAUGAGGUAUGCACUAAUUUUUGUAACUCUAUAUUUUUAGGUGUUGAUAUAUUAUAUAUACUAAUCCAGAAAAACCAUGUAGCAAGAGGAAUAAAAUGAAGUUCAGAAAUCUGUUUCGGGAAAUUUUGAAGCCCUUUAGAAAGAAAGAUUUCUACAUUUUAUUACGUGAAAUUCAUGCAAAUACAUGUCAGGUGCCAGUGCUAUGGAGUUGUUGAAGAAUAAGCACAAUACCAUUUAUUACCACUUCUCAGUUGUAAAGAAGCUGUAACUCUGGUUGUUGAAAUAAAAUAAAAUGAAACAUCCUAGAUGUGAGACUGACCCCUGCCAGUUAUUUACAAAAAAGUUAUCUGCACAUUUUGGGCUGUAAACAUAAAAGUUAAUUCUCCUGAAAGACUGCAAAUCAUCUUUAGGGUUUUCUUAAAGUAAAUACAACUAGUGACCCAGGAACAAAAAGUUUACUUGUUUCCAAUAAAUGUCACUGAUCACCACAACUCAUCCUUUUUCCUAUAAAGAAAUGUACAGCACAUUUUAAAGAAAUGCAGUAUUGUUAUCUUCGUCGUAUUACCUGAAGAAUUCUAAUAAAGGAAAAUUGUUUCAGAAGAUGGUGACUUAAUUAAUUUGUUUUUCUAUCAUGUUCGGCUAUCUUGCUUUGAAAUUUCUGACAGCUAAUUUUUCAUCAUUUGUGGUAAUGAGAGGAAAUGAAAUUCACAGA